AUGGCAGCAACAGCAGGCGCGCCGCGUGGCGCGUUCAUCCUAUUUGAGGGCGUAGACCGCAGCGGCAAAUCCACUCAGGCAGCCAAGCUGGUGGAGGCGCUCAACGCACAGGGGACGCGCGCCGAGCUGUGGCGCUUCCCUGACCGCAAGGGCACUGUGACGGGCAAGGCCAUAGACGAGUACCUCUCAGCCACAGCAGCAGCGGUCAGCAGCAGCGGCACGGGCGGCACGGAGGGCGGCAAGAGCGGAGCAGGCCUGAGCGACCAGGCCAUUCACAUGAUGUUCAGCGCCAACAGAUGGGAGAAGAGCCGCGCCCUGCUGGAGGCGCUGCAGCAGGGCGUCACCCUGGUGGUGGACAGAUACGCAUACAGCGGCGUGGCCUACACGGCUGCCAAGCGGGUGCCUGGCUGCGGUGUCGCAUGGUGCAAGGCCCCCGACACCGGCCUGCCCGCGCCGGACGUGACCCUGUGGAUGGCUUUGCCCCCCGGGGCGGCUGCGGCGCGCGGCGGCUUUGGCGGGGAGCGGUACGAGGAGGCCGGCUUCCAGGAGCAGGUGCGGGGUGUCUUUGCCGAGGUGCGCGACUCAUCAUUUGUCGACGUGGACGCGUCGGGCAGUGUGGAGGAGGUGCACCAGCGGGCGUCUUGCUGA